CGCGCCGCGCGCCGCGGCUCCUCGCCCCGCCGCGUCCCGGGCCCCGCGCGCGGCUCCUCCUCCCGCCGGCGCGCCUGGCUCGGCGUGGACCGGGCGGCCGGUGCGGAGCCGCGAGUCCGGGCAGAGCCCCCCGGCCCCGGAAGGGAGGGAGGCAGGGAGGGAGGAAGCGACGAGGAAGGAGGGGUGCCUCGGCGCGAAGCCCGGGGCGCGAGGAAGCCGGAGAUGCCGCGGCCGGACCGAGGGCGCUGACGAGCCGCCGGCCCGGCCGCACCAUGCCCUUCCCGCCCGCGCCCGCCCCGGCGGCCCCCGCCGCGCGCCCGCCGCCCCGCAGGCCCGCCGCCCCCCGCAAGGCGGCGGCCCCCGUCCGCGCCCCGCCCGGGCCCUCGCCGCCCGCCGCGGCCGCGGAGAAGAAGAGGCGGCCCCCCGAGCGGCCCCCGGGGCCGCUGUCCAGCUCCUGGCCCUCCGCCACCCUGAAGCGGCCGCCGGCCCGCCGCGCCCCCGGCCCGGCCGCCCCGCGCGCCCCGCCCGCGGCCCCGAGCGCGCCCCGGCCGGCCGGCUGCGCAGACGGCGCCGCGGGGACCACGGGGGGCUCGGGGGGCGCGGGGCCCGGGCCCGACGCCGCGCUGCGCUUCUCGCUGAGCCUCACGCCCGAGGCCGCGCUGGUCCUCCAGCGGCGCCACCUGGAGAGGCAGCUGCAGGCGCGGCCCCGUCGGGCGGCCCCCGCGCCCCCGGCCGCCUCCCGGCGCCCGCUCGCCCCCGGCCGGCCCCUGCCCGGCGGCCUGCAGGGCCCCGAGCCGCGCCCGCUGCUCCAGGUGUCGCUGCUCAACGAGCGGCACAAGUACGACGACGUGGAGUACGAGGAGGAGGCGGCGGCGGCGGCCGACGAGGGCCUGGUGCGCAAGUGCACCGAGUGGCUGCGCGGCGUGGAGUCGGCGGCCGCCGCGCGCCACCGGGCGCGGCCCCUGGACGCGCUGCCGCACCUGAGCUCGCUGUGACCGCGCCCCGGAGGCCGCCCCGGGCCGAGGGGCCCACGCGGGACGCGGCCCGCCUGGCGCUCGCCCUGCCCCGCGCCCGGGCCGGCCCCCGCGGCUCCGCCUUCUGCGCCCGCGGGUGUCCUCGGGGCUCGCGGUGGGGGGUGAGCGGGGGUGAGGAUGCCGCAGCCCCCGCCCCUGAGGUUCGCGUGGGUCCCGAGCCCCUCUGCCGGGAGCCGGGCCCUGUCUGCGGGUGUCGCCCUGCGGGAGCAGGGUGCCGGGUGCCCUGGUCCGAGCCGCGGGUGACAGCCAGGUGCUGGGGCGCCGGGAGGGUGGCCGUCUGGUGCAGAGCUGGACGCGGUGCCGCAUGUGCGACCUUGUUUCGCCUGAGUGCGAAAGACGUCCCGGGGACUUGGAAAGGCUGCGGACUCCAGGGAACCGAACUUCCCAGCGGAAUGGCGGCGGGACGUGACACCAGGAAGGUCCGCCUGGCGAGUGGGCGCUGUGAUGGGCGCUCUGUGGUCUCAACACUGACUCACGGGGGCUUGCGAGCGCACGCACGCACUUACACACAGUGCUUCCCUUCACGCACACGACUCCGCUCUCACACUCCCGUACUUGUGCUCUCGUGCACACUGGUACACCUCACACUCACGCUGGUGCGUGCACACGUGCUCACACAUCCUCACACUCACACUGGGCCACAUGUGUGUUCCCGCGCACAGCGCUGUCUCCGCUCACACCUCACACACACGCACACACAGGAGACUUUUUUGCAGCGCGGCUGCGGGCAUUGUUUUCAGUGUCUGGGUAAGGUGUGAGCAGAGCAAGGCCCAGCUUCUGGAAGACGCGUCCUCUGUAUCUGAAGAGCGGCUCACAGCUGUCUUUUGUGCUGCAGAAAGGAAGGGUAGCCAGAAGGAGAGGACACAGUGCAGAGAGCUGGACCCGGACGCCAGUCGAGGGGUGCCGGCCGGAGAGCCACUUGUGUAGGGGGACGGUGGGCGUGCCGGGCACUUGUGUGCUUUCAGUAUUUUUAAUCAGUGUUGAAAAGCAGUGACACGGUGGCUUUGUACAGUUGUAUAUUGUGGUUUGAAAAAGGAACUUUUUAUUAUUUGAGUAAAGAGUAAGACUCCUCUGCCUUUUAGGAGUCGUCCUCUUCCCCACUAACUCGAGGCUGAUUUCUAGAACUUCCCUCCAUGCAUCUGGGUCUGUUUAACUCAAAGGUUGAGAAGGAGGAAAAUGUUAUAAUCAGAUGAAGCUGGUUAUAGAAGAGUGUAAUGUAUUACCUCAAUUUCUGACUUAUUUUGUAAAAGUUUAAUAACUAAUGUUUAUCUCAUUGGACUUUAACGUGUCAAGUCUUGAUUGUAUUUUACAAUGAAGCCUUACAUUUUUAAAAAACAAUUUUGUAUUUUUCUUGUGGAGAACUUUGCUCUAAUCUCUCUCUCGUGCCAGGCACAAAUCUAGAUAGACACAAAGCAUCUCAUUUUGUGCGCGCUAGAUCAGCCACCAGAUGAGAUGCAAAACCAAACCCCCCACCCCCGGAUAGCUUGCCUCCUGUUUAGAUGCACAGAGCUAGAGUGUCUUUUAUUUUAAAUGAGUGUAUGAUACCAGAGGGGCAAACUCAGCAAUCCUGUGGAGGUGACAUUAAGACACGUGUCCCGUGAACGCUGCGGCCACCGCGGUGGAGUCCGCAGAGCUGGGUCCUGGGGGAGGAACGAAAGCUCGUUCUGGACGCCACCAGCAGGUUGAGAGUGAACUGUGAGUUCAAGGUGGGCAAGGUUGAACUUGGUCUCAUUUGCACGUAGUGCAAAUACCAGUGAUUAAGAGACCCAGGGUCCUGCCCAUCAUGACAAUAACAGCAUUUUAGACUUUCCUAAAGGAAUUGAUGUUUGUAGAGCGUCUUUUUGCAUCUGCCCGUGUGUGUCUCGGUCUUGCUGCUGGUCACGCGUGGUCUCUGGGUCCCCGUCUCGUCCUUUAUCUGUUUCCCUCUCCUCCCCCUCCCCCUGCCUCUGGGCUCCCAGCCCCUUCUUGCUCUUAACGGGCCACAGUAAGACAUCACGCACUUUUUCUCCUUUGCCACGUCGGGUGGAGUUGUGUGCCUUGUUUUUCACUUUAAAAGCGGAUGCGUGGAAUGUUCAUGUUGCUCUGGUUGACGACCCUCGAUAGAAAACGAGAAGGGGUCUACACGUGACACAUGAUGUCUGUUCAUGUUGUAACUGACGUUUCGAGGAUGUCUUCUAAGUCACUGUGCUGCAGUUUCUUAAUGUUUAAAUAAAAGAGAAGUUU